AUGGCCUCGCCUCCUGUGAAGCCGAAGCUGCCGUCUCCAACGACGUCGUCGGUACCUGCAUUGGCUACCUACUACACGGCACCUAAGCGGAUUGCGCUGGCGUUCUUUGCCAUGGCUGCGUACAUCGCGUGGUCCUUUGGUGCUUGGGAAGGUAUUCUUGAAAGGACCAGCAUUCGUCCCCAACUUCGCCCCGUCAUGUUACUCGUCGGGGAUUCUCUGACCGAGAAGGGCACCAUUCCCAAGAACAAUGGCUGGGUCACCUUGCUACAGCACGACUAUCGACGCUCAGUUACCGUGGUGCCCCGUGGACUCUCCGGUUACAACACCAAAUGGUAUCUGAAGUAUGGAGUCCCAAGUAUCCAGGGAGAAAUCUCUAGCGGAGCGUACAUGCCCACUUUGAUCACGAUAUGGUUGGGAGCCAACGACGCCGCAUUGCCCAAUGGAACUGCAAUGGCUCAGCACGUUCCUGUCGAGUCCUACAAGGAAAACCUUGUCUUGCUUGUGCUUCAUUUCCAAACUAUGGCUCCAGAUGCUGGAAUUCUACUUAUUACCCCGCCGUACGUCGAUGACAAGACCCAGCAGAGAAAUGCUCGAAAGUACAAGGGCGACAUGAAAGACAUGGUCGCUCACUCCAACACAAUGGCUGGAAUCUACGCUCGCGCUUGUGUGGAGACGGCGAACAAGUUAGGACUGCCCGUGCUGGAUCUCCACACGUAUUUCAACAACAUGACCGACUGGGAUCGCAAGAACGUACUCGAGGACGGACUGCACCUCAACAUGAGAGGCAACAACUUCAUGUACGAGCAGCUCCUCCAGAAGAUCGACGUCGCUUUCCCCAAUAUUUCGCACAAACUCGAUCGUUGGCAGAUUCCAAGUUAUGAAACAUGGAUCGAGGCAGAUCCGUGGCUUUCAGACGAUGACAACACAACCAACUUGGAGACCUAG